GCCCGUGCCGGGUGUUCCAGCGCUGCCAGGCCCAGGCCCUGGCGAGAGGCUUUGGCCCGCGGGUGCUCGGGGUCGCGGGAGCCUGCCGCAGGAGUGGCGAGGCCACCAGCAAAGGUUGAAUUAUUCCAGUCAUUUAUUAGCUAUUUUUAUAAAGGCAAAGAGAAAAAAAAAUACAUGAUGUCUGAUGAAGUUUUUAGCACAACCUUGGCAUAUACAAAGAGUCCACGAGUUACCAAAAGAACUACUUUCCAGGAUGAGCUAAUAAGAGCAAUUACAGCUCGAUCAGCCAGACAAAGGAGUUCUGAAUACUCAGAUGACUUUGACAGUGAUGAUAUUGUUUCCUUAGGUGAUUUUUCUGAUACCUCAGUAGAUGAAAAUUCAUUCAAGAAAAAAGUGAAUGAUUUUCACAUAUCAGAUGAUGAAGAAAAUAAUUCUCCAAGACUGUCUUUUUUGAAAACCAAGAAAUCAAACAUCGAUAUAACCAAAGAUGAGCCAGUUUGCACUAUCAAAAACGAUGAGGAAAUGUCACCUGAUGGUUGUGAAGACGUAGUUGUAAAUUCCUUAUCUGAAUCUCAAAAUAAAGACCAGGAAAUUGAAAAAGAGAAAAUUAAAGUGAAACCUAAACCCAGAACUUUUCCAAUCAAAAUCUCAUCUUCAGCAGAAAACAGCAGCAGCUUUGAAACAGAUGACCACUUUAAACCUUCACCUCGUCCCAGAAGGAUGUUAAAAAAGAAUAGCCAUGUGGAAGAGAAAGAUAGACUAGAAGAAGAUAAGGAAACUACCCUCAGUGAAGAAUUAGAAUUACAUUCUACACCUUCUCCCCUUCCAAGGCUGAAUGGCAGACAAUUAGAAGCUGAGAAAAAAGCAUUCUCUGAAAACUUUGCUCCUGAAGAUCCAUGCUUAACAAGUCUAUCAUCAUCACUUAAAGAAAGCCUUGAAGAUUCCUUUUCACCAGGAUCUGAGGGAAAAGCAUCCAUAAAAGAUCAGAAUGAAGAAUUCACUGAAAACCAUGAAGACUCCCUGAAAUCAGAUGAAAAAGAAGAUAAUUCAUCUUCGAUAGACUUGGUUACUACUGCACUUGAGAAAUCUAAGGAAAGUCAAGUGGUUGAUAAUGACCUUGAAGAAGAAAAGAAGAAAGCUGAACUGAGUAUGAAUGAUGACUUAACAGUUGAUCCACUAUUAUCUAAAUCUCAGAGUAUGUUAAUAUCCACCAAUGCAACAGAAUCCGCAAAGAAAACAAUUGAAGAUAGAAAUAUGAAGAAUAACAAGUCAACAAAUAAUAGAGCAUCCAGUGCAUCUGGCAGAUUAAUGACCUCUGAGUUUUUAAAGAAAUACAGUUCUAAAAGGAGAACUUCAACGACAAAUACCUCUUCUCACUAUUUAGGGACUUUGAAAGUCUUGGACCAAAAGCCUUCACAAAAACAGAGUAUAGAGCCUGACAAGGCAGAUAAUGUAAGGGCAGCUGUUUAUCAGGAAUGGUUAGAAAAGAAAAAUAUAUAUUUACAUGAAUUGCACAGAAUAAAAAGGAUUGAAAGUGAAAACUUAAGGAUCCAAAAUGAACAGAAAAGAGCUGCUAAGAAAGAAGAAGCAUUAGCAUCAUUUGAGGCCUGGAAAGCUAUGAAAGAAAAGGAAGCAAAGAAAAUAGCUGCAAAAAAGAGGCUUGAGGAAAAAAAUAAGAAGAAAACAGAAGAGGAAAAUGCUGUGAGAAAAGGAGAAGCACUACAAGCUUUCGAAAAAUGGAAAGAGAAAAAGAUGGAAUAUCUUAAAGAGAAAAAUAAAAAGGAGAAAGAAUAUGAAAGAGCAAAGAAACAGAAAGAAGAGGAAAGUGUUGCUGAGAAAAAGAAAGAUAAUUUAACUGCUGUUGAAAAAUGGAAUGAAAAAAAGGAAGCUUUUUUCAAGCAAAAAGAAAAAGAGAGAAUAAAUGAGAAAAGAAAGGAAGAACUGAAAAGAGCUGAGAAAAAAGAUAAAGAUAAACAAGCUAUUAAUGAGUAUGAAAAAUGGCUGGAAACUAAAGAAAAGCAGGAAAGAAUUGAACGAAAACAAAAGAAACGUCAUUCCUUUCUCGAAAAUGAGGCACUUCCUCCAUGGAGCCCUCCAAGCAGAACUGUGUUCUCAAAAGUGUUUUAAUAAUUCUAGUUCUUAUAUUAUUUACCUAUUUAUCAAUUUGCCAACUUUAUCCAUGGAUUUAAAAUUAUUUGUUGAAUUAUUUUUAGUUAGAAGAAUCUAUUUUAAUUAAAUGCCAGAUACUUCUGCUAACAAUGAAAAAGACACUCUGGAGUUUAAUCAGUGAAAGCAUUUUUGAACCAUAGAUAAACUGCCUCAAUUGAAAAGGUAAUAAUCAUAUUAUUCUUACCAUUAAAAUAUAUAUAGCUUUAUCAUGUCUUGGUAAUUCUCACAGUGGAGUAAUUCAUGAUCUCUUCACUAAGCUCCGUAUGUUACUUAACUAUGUUUAAUACCAAUAAUAAAAAAUGAAACCAUCUAAGUACUAUAAUCAUAGAAGCAAUUCAAUUUGUGGAUGAUGUGCAUCUAGACUCAGGUUUUUAAAUGGUCUGUCAUUGGGAGUGUGCAUAUAUUAUUUCUCUAAAACUGAUUUUCAGCACAAAGCAGUUGCAUUUACACUGUGCAAGGUAGAAUUUUGGUCAAUUGAGGUAAUAGUUCAGUAGAACUUUAGUCUUUGAGGCAUUUUAUUUAAGAGUUUUGCCUUAAGUUUGAAUAUGAGUGCACUUUAUUCCAAGGCUUAAAUGACAAUCAUAGGCACUUUAUAAUGAACCCAUCUCUGAAAUUUUUCUUUCUAGAUUUUAUCACAAUUUAUAAUUUCAGUGACCCUAAAGAUAUUAUUUUCAUGGUAGUAAUAUACUUAAUGGAAAUUAAUUUCCAGACUAAAGCCAUACAUGUGCUUAAGGCAGUUGUCCUCUUAACUAAUUGAAAGUUUUAUAGCUUAUAUUUAGAAGACAGCUGUAUGGGAAGGUAAGUUUGUAGAAAACUUUUAAUUAUUUAUUUGAUCUCUGCAUGUCUUUGUAUUAAUUGGUCUCAUACUUGACCUGGUCUAAUUUAAGACAGACCAAAUGUAUGUUCUUGUCUUUGGAAUUCAACCUAGUCAAUCAUGUAAUGCACAGAUGAUAGAUGAGAAGGAACAAUUACUAUUUCUUGAGCACUUGACAUCAUCUCUGAUGGACCUUUAUAGUAACUAUUCAGAGUAGGUGAUAUCAGCUUCAAUUUACAGACAAAAAUACUGAGAUUCAGAGAAACCAAAUAACUUGCCAUACAUCUGGAGUGUGACUGAGCUGGGAUCAGAACUGAUUCAGUCUGUCUGUCUGAGUCUGCCUUCCCCCCUCCUCCCCCCCCCAAUCCCUGUGCUCUUUUUCACAUUCCCAUGUGGCCUCAGAGAAUUGUAAAUUCUGUUAAGAUCUCUGUAUUAUACCAACCUGGUGAACACAUUUGACUUUUAGAGCCUCAAAUCAUGUAUUGUUAUCGAGAUUAUCUUUCCCAAAAGAAAUCACUGCUUGUUAUUAGAGAUGGUAGACCUCAUUAAAUCUGUAAAAUGGAAUAAUUCAUAAGAUUUAAGGAAUUACUCAAACAUCUUGUAUCUAAUAUUAGAAUGUCAAAAACUCAGCAGAUUAUGUAAAUAUAGGCUUUGAGAUAGUCACUCAGGUUUCACACACUGAGCAUUAACCUUACAGUGCAUGGGUACAAGAUAAGAAAGAUGGCAUGGAUCAUUUUGUAAGAUCAUAUCAGUGCUAUAGACAAAUAAGAGAAAUUUCAUAGAUAAAACUAGAAAACCUUUUAUACUGCUAGAACUAGGAGAAUACUUCAUGAAAUUGAAAUUAUUUCCAGAAUGUGUAUUCUCAGCAUGUGAUUUAGGACCUCUCAUUCAUUUGUGUGUCGCCGUAGUACCAAACUGCCUACCAGAAUAGAUUUAAGUGUUUAUUGUAUUGUAUUAGCUAUUCAGAGUUAAAAUAUAUUUUCAAAUUCCAGGGAAGUAAAAGGAAAAAUUGAGAAAGGUACAGCUACUUUUGGGAAUAUGAUAUCAUGAACCUAUGUGUCAUAGAUUUCACAUUAAUUAUUUACCCUCCAGAUCAUUUUCUUCUACAUUAUCAUAUUUAGUGGCUAACCGUUAUUACCUCUUAGGUUGUUGUGAGAAUUGCAUGAUAUUAGUAAAUUAAUGUAAAGUGUUUGGCACAAUAAGGACUUAAAUGUUCAUUGUUGACAUCAUUUAUUUACCAUCGUGAGCCCUGCAUUUCCCCACUUCAUGAACAUGAAAAGGUUAACAGAGUUGAUAAUGGUUAUUUUACAUUUUUAGCGUACAAGAAGAAAUCUCUACCUUGCUGGAAGUCUAGGCUGUACCACUCAAAAGAGAAUAUAGAGGUGCCUUGUAUUAGGGCCCUCCUUAAGAGAAAACUAAAUACUAAUUUCUUAGGAUUGCAUCUGAGGUAAGAUGACAUGAGAAAUUAAGGCGUUUGCAUAGACCCAAGUCAUUUCCCUUAAAUAUGAAUGGGGACUUUGAUCUUACAGUGAUAAAUAGUAUAUUAUUUCCUGUUUAUAGCAACCUGUACAGAAUUUAUCUAGUUAAAUGAAAUCACCUCUUCUAGCAGUAAUAAAGCUUGAGUUUUUGGAGAUGGGUAAAAAGACAGUGCUAUUACUUUCUCAGAUCUUUGCAAACAGGAAAAUCAAGCUCUAUAGAAGUAUUCAUUUGAAUAUAUUUACUUCAGGGGUAAGAUUUCCUCAUAUUUCCUUAGAAAGUAUAUCAAUAUAGAUAUUUACUCACUAGGUUUUCAUUGAUUUAUAAUAUAAGGGAAUAUUUAAUUCAAAUUAAGGACACUAAAAGCCUAUAGACUUUCAUAUUAAACAUCCAGUUUUGUAAAUUGCAUUGAUCACUUGAAGAAUGCUGAGAUUUCAAAGUUAUGAAAAUAAGAAUUUUAUGAAUAUUUUAAAACAUUACUGAAAACAAGUUUCCUUAGCCUAUUUGUUGAUAAAUUUAAACAUUAAUACUAUAUACAGAAUUUAAGAUUCAUAAUAACCAAGAGGAUGGUAAUGCUACAUAAAUUUUAAAAAAUGGCAUUUUAGAUCAGCAGGUCAAAGUCUUCUUAAUGAAAGAAAAUAACUAUUCAUGGCAUAACAAUAGGGGUUUAUAUUUGCCUCAUAUGUGGAAAAUAUUAGUUCAUUUAUCAUUUUAAGUUGUAUUGAAACUGAUCUUUUUCAGUGUUGCCAAAACUGUACAUGAUAUUAGUGAGGUGUCUGCAGGUAUACGUUCUUUAGAGUGAUACAACUAUGCAUCUGUACGAGAUUUUAAUAAACCUGGUCUAAACUCUUUUGCUUCUAAGCUGAAGAAACUGAUUUCCAAGGACUCUGACUUGCCUAAUCUCAUACAACUCACUAUAGGACAUCUAGAGUUAGAACUUUGGUAUUGGGUUUUAUAGUUGUAUUCUGCUCAGCGUUGCACAAUUUUGAUAAUCUGAUAAAACUUUCACACUAACUUUCAUAACUGUGGUCAUUAUUAAUUAAUUUAAUGUCCUCUCAUCCGUUUCCUUAGUCCUCGACUGCUUUCACCAUAACUAUCCACAAGAUCAAAGUUGUUUGGGUACCUACACUACCAUAUAGAGUGUGGGAAAUAAUGAAGUUUCUUAAAUCCCGCAUCAUGGGCUGAAAUACAAUAGAGAAAAGAAAUUUCACAAAAUAGGGGAAAUUGCAUGUUAGUCUUAAUCAUUCCCAAGAUUAAACUAGUACAAGAAACUUAGAUUUCUCCCAUCUUGGCUCUGAUUUUAAUAGUGCUAUAUAAAAAGGUGUUUAAAUCCAUAUGCCUCCAUUCUACACAAAGAUAUUAUCAACUUUCCUAGUUCCUAUUUACCCUGGUUGAUAGAAUAAUAAAGUUCUGUGUAAAUGCUAAACUGGAGGCUUCUCGGGUCAUUUUUACUUUAAAAUUUCAUGUGAUUCUGCCAUUUUGAAUUAUGUAUGUUACAUGUAAUUGUAUAAUGUUAACUUGGAUAUGUAUAAUUCUUGGUUUUGAAUAUAGGGUAAUUUAAGAAUUAUGGAGAUAUUUAAUGUCUUUUUUGGUAGCAUGUUUUCAUGUAAUGCUUAAUUUAUUAAAGUCAACCAUUCAAGAUUUA